UCUUCUCUCUUUCUCCCUAAACUCUUCUCUCUCUCUCUCUCUCUCUCUCUCUAAUAAGUAGUGCGAGUCUCUUCUUCCCACUUUUCUCACAACCCCAACACCAGCCUCCCACUUGCUGGGUCUCUCUCUCUCUCUCUCUCUUCUCCAAACGCCAUGGCCGACCCAGCAAAGCACAACAGCGUCCCCGCCCAUGGCUCCACGGCCCUUCUCUUUGACCUCAAGAACCUCGUCUCCCUCCACAGAGCCAGACGGACCAUCGCUUUCCUCUACGGCUUCAUGUUCGCCUCCCUCGUCGUCACCCUCUUCCUCGCCUUCAACUCCUCCGCCUCCUCCGCCGCGCCAUGGCUAACCAACGUCUUCUCCACCACCACCAACACAACUUCUUCGUCGUCCUCCGAUUCUUACAGAUCUCAAUUCUCUUCCAUAUUCUCGUACUUUUUCCCGGCUAACAACUCCUCUCCGCCGCAAGAAACUUACACCGUUCUCUCUCUUCCUCCAGCGCCGGCGGUUCCAGAAACCAACUCCUCUAGAUCCGGAAACGCCACCUUGUCCUCUUCGUCUCCUCCCAUGGAUAAUCGCACUCAAACCGCUUCGAAUUCCGAUAAGCCUGAACUUCCGGCGAAAAACCGCCACAAUGCGAGUUCGAUUCCCAGCGUCGGCCAAGAAAAAUCGGUCUCAAAGAACCAGACUUCUCAGAGUUCGAAUCUGACGGCGAUAGUCACGCCGGAAUCUCCUCCGCCGGCGAACAAUACCUCGAAAAGCGUGCCGCAGAAGUCCGCGUCGAACAGUACGGCCUCGUUCAACGGGAAACAGAACAAUGAGACUAGUUCCGGUUUGUCGGCAGAGCAGGAUAAGAAGAAGAAGGAGAAGACAAACGGUGGUGAUGAUUCGAUUGAGGCUCUGAUGAAGUGCGAUUUCUUUGAUGGCGAAUGGGUGAGAGACGAUUCUUACCAGUUGUAUUACAAACCCGGUUCUUGUUCUUUUAUCGAUGAACAGUUUAAUUGCAUUCUUAAUGGAAGACCUGAUAAGGAUUAUCAGAAGUUUAAGUGGAAACCUAAGGGCUGUAAUCUUCCGAGAUUGGAUGGGAAAAAUAUGUUGGAGAUGUUAAGAGGAAAGAGGCUGGUUUUCGUGGGAGAUUCUCUCAACAGAAACAUGUGGGAAUCCCUAGUUUGCAUUCUGAAGAACUCAGCGAAAAAUCAAAAUAAUGUUUUUGAAGCCCAUGGAAGACACUUUUUUCGCGGAGAAGCCUCAUAUUCUUUCAUUUUCAAAGACUAUGAUUGUACAGUGGAGUUCUUUGUCUCUCCUUUCUUGGUUCAAGAAUGGGAAUUGAAAGAUAAAAAUGGAACAAAGAAGAAAGAAACUCUCCGUCUCGAUUUGAUCGGGAGAUCUUCUGAGCAAUACAAAAGUGCUGAUUUUAUUGUCUUCAACACCGGACAUUGGUGGACUCAUGAGAAGACCUCCAAAGGGGAAGAUUAUUAUCAAGAAGGUAGCCAUGUUUAUAAGGAAUUGAACGUUCUUGAGGCGUUUCGCAAAGCUGUGACUACAUGGGCCAGAUGGAUUGACGCCAACGUUAAUCCGAAGAAGUCUUUGGUGUUCUUCAGGGGCUAUUCUCAUUCACAUUUUAGUGGUGGGCAGUGGAAUUCUGGCGGGGCAUGUGACAGCGAGACUGUGCCGAUCAAGAAUGAAACAUACCUAAGGCCAUAUGAGUCCAAGAUGGCCGUACUAGAGAAGGUGCUGAAAGGAAUGAAAACCCAUGUCAGUUACCUUAACAUCACAAAAAUGACGGAUUUCAGGAAGGAUGGCCACCCGUCAAUCUACCGAAAGCAGAACCUCUCCCCGGAGGAACGAAAGUCGCCGCUGUUGUUCCAGGACUGCAGCCAUUGGUGCCUCCCUGGUAUUCCCGACGCAUGGAACGAGAUGCUCUAUGCCGAGCUCCUAGUUAAGCUCCGCCAGAGGCAACAGCAGCAGCAGAAGAGAACAUAGGUAAAAGCUAAAGCAAUCAUAAGAAGGUUGCAAAUAUACUUAUUGAAUUAUUGAGUUCAAAUCACACAUACAAGCAGUAUAGUUCUUUUUUCUUUUGUUUUCUUUCAUUUUUGCAUUAUUAUAGAGCAACACGACGGAGAGUAAAGGCAAUAGUUUUCAUAGAUAUGAGCCUUUGCUGUGGGGAACAGAAAAAAAAAAAAAAAAAAAAAAAAAA